AUGCAACCUUCAAAACGCCUCGGGGCCUUCUGGGCUCUGAACCUGUCCCUUCUCCCAGGUGUACUAGCAUCUUUAACUUGCAGUCAAAUGUCUGGCAGUAUUUACACCGGUCCCAACAACAACAAGUUCGAUAUCCUAUGCGAUACUACUACAGUCAACGGGCAAAUCUUUGCCUAUUAUUCUGUAGGGGAUUUUUUCCAAGAUUGCGUGGAUCGAUGUGAUUCUGACACCAAUUGUGCUGUUGCAUUGUUUUUAGACGGAAGCGGUGACUGUGCUUUGAUCAGCACCUACCAGGGGACUAGGUCGUUUACUGGAAACGAUCUUGCUAUCAAGGGAGCUGUAGAGACUACAACUGCGGCAUCAACUGAGGCUACUUCGACGGAGGCUACGACAUCAGAGGUUGCUACAUCGUCAGAGGCUGCUACUACAUCAGAGGCUGCUACUACGGAUACUACUUCGGCUGAGGCCACUUCGACUGAGGGUACUACAUCAGAAGCUACUACUACAGAGGCUACUUCGACAGAACGCACUACAUCAGGAGCUACUACCACGUCAGAGGCCGAAAGCACAGAGGCUAGUUCGACGGAAGCUGCUGCGACAACUGACACCACUGCGUCAACUGAAGCCACAACAUCAGAGACAUCAACGACGCCAGAGUCGUCAUCGCUAUCCUCAGCAUCUUUGUCAUCUACAUCAGAGACCUUAACCUCUGCACAGUCCACCACAGCUACUACUGCGGCGACAGACUCAGUCUCCACCAGUACCAGUGUUGAAACAUCAACUGAUGACUGCGAUGAUGAGACUUCAUCCCUUGAGACCUCGACUGCUGUGGUGACAUCUACAGCAACAGGAUCCGAGGUACAGCCCACGACCUCAUCCACCGACGGCCAGAGUUUCUCCAGCACCACCGAUCAAUCAUCUGGGGUUUCUACUUCUGCUCCCUCAGCUACUUCAACUGCUUUAUCGCAAUCUUCUUUGACGACGAGUGAAAGUCAGGCUUCUCUAUCAACAUCCCAGUCAAGCCCUGUCACAAGCCAAGCUGGGUCCUCUCUACCUGUCUCUUCAGGUACUACAGUGACUCAGACUUAUGCUCAAACCUAUGCAACCUAUAGCCAGGGAGCUUCUUCGUCCGGUUCUUCGUCCUCUGGAACCACGAAGGUUGGCUCCAAGACUUCUGGUGUCACUGUCAUCAAGACAACUUCUGGAGAUCAUCAACCAACGCCUUACCCCACUCCCUACAACGUCUGGACUGUUUGCCUGACUGUAACCGAGCAUGUCACUUGCAGCACUGGUGUAGUUACCGAGACAGCUACUAUUACAACAUAUGUCACUGUUGGCGGCAACAGUGGAAGCUAUGUACCUCCAGUUAUUACAGCGCCUGCUGGGUGCAUUGGAGGUUAUCAGGUUGAUGCUAGUGGCCACAGUUAUCCUGUGGUACAGCCUACGAAGGGAUCACCAGGUAACUCUCAAUCCGGCUACCAGGCCGGCCAGACUCAUGUUCCUGCACCAGCUGCAGAAUCACAGGGAAGCUCUCAGCCAGGACAGGGCGAUAAGCAGCCUUCUGUUCCAGGUCAAGGCUCAUCAGAGCACAACAAUGGCAAGCCUCAACCGACACAAGGUGGUGCUACCCAGACAGCCAUCUCUGGAUACCACCCUGGGGCCUCAGUGAAUCCUUCACCGUCCUCUGCUACUCAGCAGGGUCAGUCAGGCGUCCCAACGAUCUUCACUACCAAAGCAAGUGUUACCGAGGAGAUUUCGGCACCCAAGUCCACACACAGUGGUUCAUCGGAAGCUGGAGAGGCACCAUACACACCAGUCAGUGUUUCAGGGGCCAACGGACAUCAGUUUAUGGCUUGGACAUUGACGGCUGGAGCCCUCUUCGGUCUUGGGAUGUUGAUUUAA